GAUACUUGGGUUGGUUUUCAGUACAUUGACAUGCUCACCUUCUCAGGUGGUGGGACUUUUGAUGGCCAAGGAGCACUUUCUUGGAAUCAAAAUGACUGCCACAAAAACAAAAAUUGCAAACCUAUUCCCGUUAAUCUGCGGUUCGAAUUCCUCACAAAUUCCAAAGUUCAGGACAUAACUUCACUUAACAGCAAAUUUUUCCACAUGCAUGUUUUCCGAUGCAACCAUACUACAUUUCAACAGCUUACCAUCACAGCACCUGACGACAGUAGAAACACAGAUGGAAUCCAUAUCGGGGCUUCGACUGGUAUCAACAUUACUCAUGCAAAGAUUGGAACUGGGGAUGACUGUAUUUCUAUUGGUGAUGACUCCCACGAAAUCACAGUGACUGAUGUUACUUGUGGGCCAGGCCAUGGAAUAAGCAUUGGAAGCCUUGGAAAAUAUAAGGACGAAAAGGAUGUGACCGGGAUCAUAGUUAAGAACUGCACCGUAACUAAUACGGACAACGGUGUGAGAAUCAAAACAUUUCCAGAUUCUCCUUCGCCUAGCACUGCCUCGGGUACACACUAUGAGGAUAUUAUCAUGGUUAAUGUCAGCAACCCUAUCCUCAUAGACCAAUUGUACUGCCCAUAUACUCAGUGUGAACCAAAGCCUUCGUCAAAAGUUAAGAUUCAAUUACUGGUGUGA